AUGCCUAACGGACCCGGCGCCGCCUCCAUCUCGACCAUCGAGAGCAUCAUCAAGCCCGCCGAGGCCACUGGCGGCAGCGGCAAGACCAAGUGCAUCGAGUGCGACGGCUACGAGUGCUGCUGCAUCCCAAUUCCCUGUGUUGUCAUCACCCAUCUCCUGCUUGCUUACCCUUGCCACUCACAAUCCUGGUCCAUCCACAAGUCAGCCGUCGAUGUGGAGGAAUUUGCCUGCGGGACCCUCAAGGGCGUUCCUGAUCUGCCCUAUCUAGGCACAGCGGCUUCACCUCCCCACCACGACAGGACGAAUAUCAAGACCGCGGUCCACGAUGCCUUCUCACAUAAUAUGUAA